AUGUCUUUGAAGCUCCACGAACUUACAAACGAUGAGGACUUCAAGAAGAUAAACGCCGCAGAGCACGAGGCCUAUAGUAACCCGUUCAAUGGCGUCUUUGAACUCACCAAAGGCACCUCGCCAGAAGAGGCUUGCGCCCGUCAACUAGUUUGGCAUAAAAUCCAGCCUGGUAGCCACUGGGUCUAUGUUACCGACGAAAGCACUGGCGAAGUGAUUGGGGGUACGCGAUAUAUUAUUUACGAGACAAAUCCAUACGCGGUCGAACAACCCGCACGAAAGGCUUCUUGGCUACCUGAAGCGCACAGGAAACGGGGCGCCGCAAGCUUGAUGCUGGAGUGGGGGGCUCGAAAAGCCGAUGAGCUCGGCCUGGAAUCAUUCGUCGAAUCUACCGAGAUGGCUCGCCGCACCUAUGAAAAGCAAGGGUUUUAUGUGAUUGGUGAUUUCUACCUGGACGCCCAGGAAGAGAAUCCCAGCAAGGAGUUCAUUGCGGAGAGAGAAAGGCUCGAGUGUCCUAUCCAUGGGUUCAUCAUGAAGAGGGAUGCGAGGGAUGUUAAAUCUGCCCAAUAG